AUGGAUGCAACAAGCGGCGUUCGCAUGGCCACUGGCAACGGGGAGAACAGCUACGCCGUCAACUCCAGGCUCCAAGAGAAGGCUAUUUUGGAGACAAGGCCAGUGCUGAGGAAGGCCAUAGAAGAGGUGUACACGUCGCUCUCCACCCGCCGGAGCACCAUGGUCGUCGCCGACCUCGGCUGCUCAUCUGGUCCCAACACUCUGCUCGUCGUCUCGGAGGUGAUCGGCGCGAUCUGUGCCUAUACUCAGAAAGCAGAAAAACGUGCACGUGACGUGGAGGUACAGUUCUUCCUGAAUGACCUUCCAGGGAACGACUUCAACCUCGUCUUCCGCUCAAUCGAGCACUUUGAGAACCCCGGCGGCAAAGAGGCACCACCAUACUAUGUCGCAGGGCUGCCGGGAUCCUACUACGGGAAGCUUUUCCCUCGCCAGAGCGUUCAUCUCUUCCACUCAUCCUACUCCCUCAUGUGGCGUUCCAAGGUCCCGGAGGAGAUCUCAAGCUGCGCUCACUUGAAUGAAGGCAACAUCUACAUUGGAAAGACUACUCCGCCGAUUGUGAUCAAGCUGUUCCAAGAACAAUUCCAAAAGGACUUUGAGUUGUUCCUAAAAUUGCGCUCCAGUGAGCUUGUGAGUGGAGGCAGAAUGUUGCUAACACUUCUUGGUCGAAAGAGUAAAGAGAUGUUGAUGCAUGGGGACGUUAGCACCCUGUUUGAAUUGGUAGCCAAAUCUCUCCAGUCUCUGGUACAAAAGGGGCGUGUGAAGAAGGAGAAGUUGGACUCAUUCAAUUUGCCAUACUACGCCCCAUCGAUGAAAGAGGUGAAGGCGUUGAUCAACAAGAAUGGUCUCUUCGAUGUUGAGAACUUUAAACUCUUCGAAUCGAAUUGGGAUCCUCGUGAUGACUCGGAAGGUGACAUUGUACUUGAUUGUGCCAGCAGCGGGGCAAAUGUUGCCAAUUGCAUCAGGGCCGUGUUAGAGCCACUCAUUGUAGACCACUUCGGUGAAGAUAUUAUCGAGGAGCUAUUCAUGGUGUAUGCAUCCACUGUUGCAAAGCAUCUGGAGAAAGCCAAGGCAAAGUAUCACAUCAUCAUGGUGUCAUUGAAGAAGGCCAUGCGUUGA